UCUUAGAGACACUGCGGCAGCACCGGGCGUCGCAUCUAUACGGGGGAUUACAGUAACCCGGUUGUCAGUGAUGAGUCAGAGUGCGUGGUGCUGAUGCUGCUGCCAUUUCAUCACCUUUGCAAGCGCAGCAUCUAUCCCUUUGCUCUCCCGGCGCCUGGGCCUACCUUGCUUCGGACUAGCAGGCCAGCGAUGAACUCACAGUUCAGCUAGAACGGGGCCAAGCCGCGCUUUCCGAGGCUUAGGCGGGGUCCUUCCUCCUGCCGCCCCCGACCUGGGCCAAGGAGACCUGCCAAGCUGCGGCCAUGGAGGCCAUCUGGCUGUACCAGUUCCGGCUCAUUGUCAUCGGGGAUUCCACGGUGGGCAAGUCCUGCUUGAUUCGCCGCUUCACCGAGGGUCGCUUUGCCCAGGUUUCGGACCCCACCGUGGGGGUGGAUUUUUUCUCCCGUUUGGUGGAGAUUGAGCCAGGAAAACGCAUCAAGCUCCAGAUCUGGGAUACUGCGGGUCAAGAGAGGUUCAGAUCCAUCACCCGCGCCUACUACAGGAACUCAGUAGGUGGUCUUCUCUUAUUUGACAUUACCAACCGCAGGUCCUUCCAGAAUGUCCAUGAGUGGUUAGAAGAGACUAAAGUACACGUUCAGCCCUACCAAAUUGUAUUUGUUCUGGUGGGUCACAAGUGUGACCUGGAUACUCAGAGGCAAGUGACUCGCCACGAGGCCGAGAAACUGGCUGCUGCAUACGGCAUGAAGUACAUUGAAACGUCAGCCCGAGAUGCCAUUAAUGUGGAGAAAGCCUUCACAGACCUGACAAGAGACAUAUAUGAGCUGGUUAAAAGGGGGGAGAUUACAAUCCAAGAGGGCUGGGAAGGGGUGAAGAGUGGAUUUGUGCCAAACGUGGUUCACUCUUCAGAAGAGGUUGUUAAAUCAGAGAGGAGAUGUUUGUGCUAGUCAGUCUAUUUUAUUUCCCAAACAUGCUCUCCCAGUUGAACUUACAAAAGCAAUCAAAAUAAACAGAACCUUUCUGUGAUUGAAGAGAACUGAACCUCCAUUUGGAUAUCAAGUAAGCCUCCUUCCCGGGGUGGAUGGGCCAGCCUGGGUGCUGUAACAGAGGGAGUGGAUUUCUGCUCAUGUGCUGGACACAGCCAGGCAGUUUUGUGCCCAGGCUGAGAAAUGACUGCUCUGUGUGCCCUUGAAGGCCCCAGAGGGUUUAGAAAGCUAGAUCCCAGGAAAACAAACCUACACACAAGACAACUGUUCCUUGGUAUUUCCACUAAUUCAUACGGCAUGAACAUAAAGAAAUAUGUACAGGGAAAAAAUAACACAUGGAGAAUAAUUAACAUAACUAGAAAAGAUUAUGAGAUCAAUUUAUUCAGUGAGAAUAUUCGACAGCAACUGUGUAUGUAGGGUUUGAUUGAAAAGUACCAGUUGACUUCUGUGAAAUGAGGGACAUGGACCAGACAUUUGCUAAGAUAUUUUCAUGUAGAUACAGAAAGCAGGCUUUUUGAGAAAAUAUAUACCCUUAUGGUGUAAUUCCCAGCUGUGCAAAAGAAGUUGCCGCAUGAAAAUUAUCACAUGGGUAGACAUAUUCUUUCCCCCUCUGACCAUGCCUGUCUGCGAUUUCAUUAAUUGACAACUGCAAUAUUGAAGUAAACAGUCUGCUGCUUCUUUAAACACCUGGCAGGGAUAACAUGGGGAUGCUCUAGAGUGAGCACUCUCACCUUUGGAAACACACUGCUGUUACUUGUGAUAAUUAUUUCAUCACCAUAACAAGGCUGAGAACUUUCUGUUCCUAUUUCACAGAGCAGUCAACUAAGGUCAAUGACUCCUGGCUCAUAGUUCUUUUCAUCACAUCAUCUUUAGUCAGGUGAAUAAACAACUAUUAAUGUGUUUACUUUGGAAGAGAUAUGACUGUAAAUAAAUAUCCUCUACAUGUUAGGAUAUGUUUUUCUUAUGAUUGGAACUCAGCUAUAUUCCUGAUGGCACCUGGGAAUUAGUCAAAGGUGAAGCCUGUUCAGGUAUUAUUGAUAAGAGGGCUUUAAGCAAGUGAAUAACUGCACAACUAAAACCACAUUGGAACUGUUGGCUUGUAAGUGUUCUUAUCACUGAAACACAAUGAACAUUUUAUUGAAAAUAACCACACACAGCAAUUGGGAGUGGGACAGAAAUAAAAUGCUCAUCCCACAAUGACCUGGGCCACCUGUCCGCCAUAUAUCUGUCUACCCUUGAGAGUCAGCUGUUUAAUUCUCGGGCAAACAGAUAGCUAAACACAUCAGCAAAUUGGAAUGACUGGCCUAAAGAUUAUUAUUUCUUGAAGAAAGGUGAUGCUUUAGUUUUUGGAUUGUAGCCAGCCCAGUUAGUCAAAAGCUAUAUACUUUUCACAGUAAGAAAACUAUUCCAAUUAGUCAAAUUUCUCAUAUCCAUUGUGAUACAAAGCAUAAGAAUGGUAAAUUGCUUUGAGAUAUAUUAUUGAACUUCUGUAUGGAUGUGACUGAAUCUGAAAGUUUGGGCAUUGGCUUCAGCCAGAAUAAAGAAGCCAAAUAAUGAAAAUUAUGGAAGAUCAUUCUGCUACCUAUGUCCCAAGUUGGAUGAGCAGACCACUUUAGAUCAAUUUGCAGCAUCAACCACAAAUGAACCAAUUGUCUUCUCUAUAUUUGUUUCACAUGACAUGGCUUGGGUGGUAAAAGUGAAUUGUCAGAUUCAUAGUUGCAGAAGGCAAAUAAAAGAUGUUUAAUUGGCUGAAAACUUUUUUUUAAAGGACUGCAUUCUUAUCUGUUUAUAGUGGCAUAGAAACAAAACUUGUCUACAGUUUUCUUGACUAAAAUACAUUAGAUGUAUACUUUUUCAAUUCCUGACAUUUUUGGUGGCAGUUUUAAAAAUACUUGGCAUAAAUUAAGAGGAGGUGGCUGAGCAUAAUUGUUUAAACCAGUUCUAGAAAUUUUAAAGUCAUUUUAGUAGAAUUCAGUGCUAUUGUCACUGCAAUAAGUGGGUUUUAGAAAACACAUGUGAAAAAAUCAGGUGUUAAUAUAAUACUAAGGAUAAGGCUUUAGAAGCUAUUUUACUACAUAGAUAAAGAAAAGAUAAACUAACUU